AUGCAUGUGUGCGACAACACUAUAAACAACACUAUAGACAACACUAUAGACAACACUAUAGACAACACUAUAAACAACACUAUAGACAACACUAUAAACAACACUAUAAACAACACUAUAGACAACACUAUAAACAACACUAUAAACAACACUAUAAACAACACUAUAAACAACACUAUAAACAACACUAUAGACAACACUAUAAACAACACUAUAAACAACACUAUAAACAACACUAUAAACAACACUAUAAACAACACUAUAAACAACACUAUAGACAACACUAUAGACAACACUAUAGACAACACUAUAGACAACACUAUAAACAACACUAUAAACAACACUAUAAACAACACUAUAGACAACACUAUAGACAACAAUAUAGACAACACUAUAAACAACACUAUAAACAACACUAUAAACAACACUAUAAACAACACUAUAAACAACACUAUAAACAACACUAUAGACAACACUAUAAACAACACUAUAAACAACACUAUAAACAACACUAUAGACAACACUAUAAACAACACUAUAAACAACACUAUAAACAACACUAUAGACAACACUAUAAACAACACUAUAAACAACACUAUAAACAACACUAUAAACAACACUAUAAACAACAAUAUAAACAACACUAUAGACAACACUAUAAACAACACUAUAGACAACACUAUAAACAACACUAUGCACAACACUAUAAACAACACUAUAAACAACACUAUAAACUACACUAUAAACUACACUAUAAACAACACUAUAAACAACACUAUAGACAACACUAUAAACAACACUAUAGACAACACUAUAAACAACACUAUAAACAACACUAUAGACAACACUAUAGACAACACUAUAAACAACACUAUAGACAACACUAUAGACAACACUAUAAACAACACUAUAGACAACACUAUAGACAACACUAUAGACAACACUGUAGACAACACUACAAACAACACUAUAGACAACACUAUAAACAACACUAUAAACAACACUAUAGACAACACUAUAAACAACACUAUAAACAACACUAUAAACAACACUAUAAACAACACUAUAGACAACACUAUAAACAACACUAUAAACAACACUAUAAACAACACUAUAGACAACACUCUCUCUCUCUCUGUUUUGGUCAACGGUUUCUGGCCUCCUAGUGAAGAGGGAGGCCUUCUCGCCGUGCCCACAGAGUGUGACUCCUGCUAG